AUGUCGCGCCUGUUUUUCUACAACCAGAUCAAAGAAGUGAUUAACCGUUUGCCUCCUCACUAUAAGAAGAGGUAUUUACAAAACCAGUGUGAGUUGGCCAAUGAAAGAGUGUGCAAUUCGUCACUACUUAAAUCUGAAACAGGAAAUAUUAUUCCUAGUUCAUACUUUGAUACUCCUAUGAAAAUUGUCUAUCCCCCUGAGUCUCAGAAAUGCCUAUGGGGUGGUGAGGGUAUUAUUCAAGGUUACUGGGAGAAGAAAAACCAGAAGCCAAGAUUUCCCAAGACAUGGAGUCCUGUUCUCAUGGAAAACUUAUUUCAUAGUGAAAUUCUUGACCGUUGGAUGAUUAUAAUAGUGACAGAUAGUGCUCUAAAACAAAUCGAAAAGGCCAGUGGAUUUGAUUUCUAUAUACUCUCGACUCCAGAAUCAAAACUUAAAAGUAGGCUUGGAAUGCACUUGAAAAGAGAUAUGCUGGUAACGCUUGCAAAGGCAAAGAUGAAUGGUAAAAUGGAAAAAGGCUGGGAAAAGUAUUCUAAAUUUAUUAUACCUUUAGAAGAAGCUGAGUGGAUUGGUUUAACACUCGAAGAAGCUGUUAAAAAACAAAUGAAAAUAGAACAUGAAAUAUCCAGAAGUCAGCUAAAGCCACUAAAAUUCAGUUUAGCGGAAAAACUGAUUGACAGUUUAAGAAACCCUGUCAAAGAUAAGGAUGAAGAAACUCCUAAACAAAUAUUUUAUCUAAGUUUUAGAUGCUAA